CGCAGGGCGGGGCGGGCGCCUCCCGCCCCCCGCCCCCGUCCCGCUGAGGAGAGAGGCGCUCCGCUCGUCUUUGCCGCCUUCUCCGGCCGGCAUGUUUGUUCCUUGCGACCGUGGCGGGGGCUCCGCCGGCUCCGACUUCAAAGGCUUCACUCUGCUCAUGCCAGCAGUGUCGGUGGGAAAUGUUGGUCAACUGGCAACAGAUCUGGUGAUUUCCACGCUUGACAUGACUAAAGUUGGUUACUUCUACACUGAUUGCCUGGUGCCAAUGGUGGGAAAUAAUCCCUAUGCAACAGCAGAAGAAAACUCAACGGAGCUGAGUAUAAAUGCUGAAGUGUAUUCACUCCCUUCGAAGAAACUUGUAGUUCUGCAGAUCAGGUCACCUUUUAUAAAGAACAAGUACAGGCCGUUCUGUCAAACACUGCUUUCUUGGGUGAAAAGCAGCAAAUGUGCCAGAGUUGUUCUCCUGUCCAGCAGCCAUGCAUACCAGCGCGAUGAUGAGCAACUUCUUGGGACCCCACUACGGUACCUACUUACACCUGAUCUUGAGAAAGCAGUGGGAGGCCUUAUGCAGGAGCUAAACUGGAAAGAAAUGGAAAAAGUAGCAGCUUACCCUGGAAUAAAUGAUACCGAAAAAGUUCUACAUAUUCCUGGAGGUGGCAUCACAAAACUAUUGUUUACCGAGAGCUGUUCAAAAGGAAUCCAAAUGGCAGUUCUUCUGAAAUUCUGCUCGGAAGGGGACAACAUCCCUGAUGCAUUUGCUCUUGUUAACUAUCUUAAUGAAUGGCUCCAGCUAAUUAAAAGCGAAAGCUCCACAGAUGCUUCUUCACAAUGGAAAAUACCAAGUUCUUGGCGCUUACUUUUUGGCAACGGUCUUCCACCUGCACUCUUCUGAUCGGUUUUGAAUUCUUCUGUGUUAUUGCUGUGGAAAAGCUUACGGUACACCUUCUUAAUGUAACUGAGGACUUGAGAUUGAUGUGCAGGCAUACGUUUUCUUGUGAAGAUAAAACCCUGCUCUUCCAUGUCAGCUGUGGAUCCGGGCUGCUUUUCAAAACCUUCCUGGUGAUGAAAGCAAAGCUCAGAAGUGACUAGUUCUGCCUGGGGAGACCACAAGCGGUGGAGCAGCCUGCUCUAUUGCUUCUGGUCUACUUCCGUUGUAUAAUUUCCAUUCUGCUUCCAAGGACUGCAGAGAUGCUAAAACUAAAGCUUCUUAGACUGGUUUGAGAAUGAAUACAGUGUUCUGAAAUAUAAAGGAAUUAAAGCAUUACUCUGAUGGCAGGCAGUCUGGUAUCUGUGUAUUUUAUAAGCUUAGUCUGAGACAGUAGUUGUGUGAUGCAUAAUUAAUUCAUGUGUUUAAUGUUUGUAACUGUACUUGUUGCAUUAUCAAGCUACAUGUUCAGUUUUCAUCUUUUGGAAGUGCCUGGUCACAUCAGCUUAUUGAAAAGUAAUCUUAAAUCAGAAUUUCUAAGUUACAGCUUAUGAAUGAAUAGAUAUGACAGAAUUACAGGCUAGGCUUUUAAAUAUUUAGUCUGCUAAAUAGAUUUUUUUCUUUUUUUGUGGUAUGUCACACCAAAAGUACAAAUGAUGAGGAAAGGAAGGGCAGCAGUCCUGGAGAGAUCUGCUAAAGGUGUAGGCAUAAGGUUCAGUGGCCAGCUUUGCUUGAAAACUUGUGCCUGUUGGUAAAGAAGAGCAGUUCAGUCUCAGUAUUCAGUGAACAUGACUGGUGGCCCAGAGGAUGCAAUAUUGUUCAUCUUUUGGGGUUUUUGAAAGUUUGUGAGGUGGGAAUCAUAGUGCGUGUCUGUCACAGGGGACUAAUAUUUGAAUGAAUAUCCAGUUACUGUUCUUUUUCCACAAAGAAAUAAGAAAUAUAAGUGUUUCCCAGUCUUAAGUCUGCUUUGCAGAAGCAGAUGAUGCAGGGCCAAAGUGAACCCUGGGGAAUGGGUAUGUGGAGCAAAUGCUUCAUAUAACUGUAUGUCCAAAUACCUUCAAAUAAUGACUUAAAAUGGAGACAGCCUCAAGUUCAGUAUUGUAUUUGAGUCAGUCACAAAUCUAGAUGUGUGUAGAACAACGUGAGCACAAACUGCCUGCUGCUGGCAUUAGGAGAACCGGAAAGGCUUCAUGAUUGCUUAAUUACAUCUGCAGCAUUUGGGGUUUUUUUAUUUAAAGGUUUGAAUUGUGUUAACACCAAUGCUUCUUAACACUAAAUACCAUGCUAGAAAUGUAAAGUAAUCCUUUGCUUGUAUUAAUAAGCCCUUACAGUAGUAAUGCACAAAGAUGCCACGUUGUAUGAAGAUGCCAUGUUUUAUGGUGUAAAAAAUGAGCUGUGAGUAGAUUUAAAGUGUUCAGGAAUGA